UGAGGGAGUGAGGAAGAGAAAGAGAAGGAUAGAGGGGAGGAGAAGAGAGAAAGAGAAAGAGUGAGUGUGAAAGAGAGAGAAUCUGCGUGUAUCUGGUGAUUUGGCAGAGGGGCGAAUACGCAAGUUGCUGCAUUACAUAUAUAUAUAUAUAAAAAGAUAUACAUAUAUAUAUACAUAUAUAUCGUGUUACAAUGGUGCAGUGUCGAUUGCUGUUAUGGUAGCGGGACCUACAAAAUACUAACUUCUGUGCUUACAGGUAGGAAAAGUCCAAGUCUCAUUAUUCCUAUGGAUGACUGCCUCUUAUACGUUCCGGGCAAACACGAAGGGAUCCCAACAUUUUUUGCCGACUCGCCGAUGUGAAUUUUGAAUUUGAAACCUCUGCGCACGACUGUGUGUGAUAGUACGAGUGAUAUUUCCUCCAAAUUUCACUUAAACCUGUUUUCAAUUCAGCCGAACUCUCCUGACUGAUUGUUUAAUUUAAAUUUCAGGUUCUCGUUUAAAUGCGCAAGAGAGUACUCAGUCCGAGUUUCAAACAUUCACGAGACAUAGUCCUUGCCCCGUGUAACUUCGUGAGAAUCGCUUCCUCGUGUUUUGCACGUACCGUACAAGAGCAGUCUGAGUUGAAAGUGAAAUCGUGCGGAUCGGCGCGACAAGGGUUGCACGAAGGGUUGUAAAACUUCGGCGGCUCUUGAUACCGAAAAAGCACUAAAGAGAGAGAGAGAGAGAGAGAGCGCACUAAUUCACUUUCGUAGCGUGCGGACACUUAGCCCGUUGAUUAUGGUCGACUGAUAUAUACUUGGCGCAUUACUAGUACUAAACGAUCGCUUUGUGUGCUUCUAGAAACUCCUGCGGAUCUGCACGAUGUCACUCGUCGUAAUUGUGGAGUGGUUACAUUAGUGGGCACUCUUCUUUACGUUUGUACAUACAUAGACGGACAAUCGUGGGUACUACGAGUCUCUCUUUUUUUUCUCUUUCUGUGCGAAUCACACGACUAUUGUUGUAACGAUCUGCGAUCCCGCGAGAUCCGCCAGAGUGACGAAAGAUCUCCGAACAAGACGAUGAUAAUACGUUUCUCGACCUCGCGAGUCGCGACCUCUUCUAAAAGAUUCGAUCGAGAUGUUCGUGUUCGCCACGACAAAUUCCAACGAGCUUCCUGCUGUUUUGCACGCACCGACUCGAACGAGCCGAGUUCACUCGAGCCGGAGCCGGACGUUUAUCUUGUUUUUCUUUCUGUAGGAGGCACGAUGUUGCCGCCGCCGCCGCCGCCGGUCGCGAUAUUCCCACCUGCGGCCGCAAUGUUACCGCGCGGCCCGCCGCAAUUCGCGACGCCAUAUCCACCGCCUAUCUUCUACUGGCCUUACCCUUCGCCGCCGGUCAGUCCGACCAAUUAUUACACUCCCGCGAGUGUCAGCGGUAUCGCGCCGAUCCCUCAGCAAGCGGCUCUGCUAGCACCAGCGGAAUGUCUGCAGAUAGCUCCGGGUGCAACGGUGCCGACGUCUACUCCGACAGCGGCCGACGCGCGUAUCGAGGCGUAUCUACCGCGGAUGGAGCUAGAGAAGCGGAUGGCCGCGUUGCCGCCACCGCAAACUGAGUGCAAUCCCUUCGUCGAGGUGUUCAUGGUUUGAUCCGCCCGUGCCUGGAGACCCUCUUGCCGAUCUUUCACCCGGUUCCUUGCCUCGUAGGUCGCUGUAAUCGCAGGUCGAGACGAGACAGUCGAUCCUCCAAAGACGGUCGCGUCUCGUUUUUCUCUUUCUCUCUCGCGUACUCACGCUUUUUGCGCUGGAAAGCUGACGUGAAAAGUUGGGACAGUGCGAGUCCUACGCGAGUCCUGUCCCCGUCGUCGACGAAGCAUUAGCAAUAUUUCUUUUAGUGAGAGACCUCGUAUACGUAUACGAUGUAUCGUGCGGGAGAGUAUAACGAAUGUGAGAAAUACGGAAUAGAGAAAGAGAGAGAGAGAGAGAGAGAAAGAGAGAGAGAGAGAGAGAAAGAGAAAGAGAGAAAGAGGUGACCUGUUCGCCGGGACUUUCCCCCAGCCCCACAAAACUCUUCUUCUUCGCGUUCAUACAACGUAACGAAACCUUCGAUGCGUCGCCCGCGCGCAAGAGAGCGACGCGUUUCUUUCUAGUCUAGAGAUAGAUAAGGGCCGGUUGUGCAUUGCGUUCGCGCACACAGCGGCGUUUCUCUCUCGUCGUUUGUUCCGAUACGUCCCCCCCCCUCCUUUCUCCUCCGCCUCGCGAACGGAUGAGACACGUGCAUUUUCAUCUACAAUUUUUUUUCUCCUUAUUACCGUGUCACGCUAAUGAUGUUCUACGUUGUAACGAUCGCCGCGUGCGGUUGCUGCUGCCUGAUCGUCGUUGCGAUUAUCGUGUCGAGUUCGAGCCAACCUCGAUUGAAAAAUUUCGAGCUCGAUCGAGUCGAGUUCGACGCGUCUCACUACAAACUAUGUAAAUUAUAUAUAGGCCGCGAAUAAUAAUUUGUGUCGAUCGCACCGAAUGCAAGCGAGUGCGACGAACAACGUUUGAGGGCGCAGAGCCCACGUUGUGCGCCAACUCUCGUCUACUUGGAAGAAAACACGUCGCCUUGGACGCAUUUGAUCUUCCAGGCUUGGAAUGCCCUAGUUAGCUGUGCGCCUCUCUGUGUUAAUUUUAUCCUUUCGAAUUUUAUGUGCGACUCUCGUUUUAAGUAUAUCUUACUUAAGUUAAGUUUUAAGAUGAAGAAAAUUUAUGUAUGUUCGUGCAAGGUGACCCGUAGCUGAUGGUGCAGCCAGAAAGUUGUGAUUCUCCAUGAAAAAAAAAACAUAGCCAGAAUGAAACUUCCUCAUUCUUCGUUUUCGAGAGACAACUUUGAAUAUUCGAUUGAUUUUUUGGCUCAUAACCCAUACAGUAUAUAAAGUUGAAAAAACGUUGCUGCAACGUUACAAUGUUGUAGCAAUAUUGCAGAAAGGUUGUCGCAACUUUCGUGCUGUAUGGGAAAUGCCAGAAAUUUUAGUUCCUUUUAGCUUAACUAAUGACGCAUUAGGACUCUUUUUGCUUGUUUUUUUUUCAAUGUUAGGCAAUAUUAUUAUUUCAUUCUGCAAGCAACAAGUACAACCUGGUCCAGCUAAAGAGAACAAGUCUUAUGUUUUCAAUUAAAACGCGUAUUUGAUUCGUUCGUCGCGUGGAAUCAGGUGGCUUUGCUCUCUCUAUCUCUCUGUAUUGUUUCACGUAGGGUCACCCACUUCUUUUAUUACCGGCUUCGGGACAUCUUGUAUGUGUUACAUACAUAUAUAUACGUGCGUACUAAUGUGUACGUACAUACACAUACGUAUGUAUAUAUUUUUAAUCUACAUAUCACAUCGUUCGCGAACUCGAGUCAUCGUUGGAUCCCCGCGCGUAUCUCCGCGUCCUUUCAUUCAUCCGCUCUUUACAGUGUCUUUCAACGUGCAUACACCGUCGAGAAUGCCGCGCGACGACGACGACGACGUUCUCGCGUUUCCUACGUUAAAGCAUGAUCGUGUGACAACAGCAAAUAUUACAAAAGUCUUCCGUUAAGUUCUUGCUUCCCCCUCGUUCCCUCGCCGGGACAAUCUUAUCAUUCCGUUUAUUAAAUCGCGUUUAUUACCGCCUUAGAGAGAGAGAUAUAUAUAUAUAUAUACACACACGUUAUAUCGAUAUAUAUUAAUCAACAAAUCAGCACUUAGUGACUCUUACGAUACAUAAGCAUAGAAAUACAUACAUAUGUGUGUGUGUGUGUGUGUGUGUGUGUGUGUGUGUGUGUGU